AAAAAGUCAACUUCUGAAAAAGAGAGUUUCUCCAGACUGUACUGAAUCCGUAUUUCACAUUUGGUCACAGGUGCAGAGCAUGGAGAAUGAUGAACUUCCGCCAGAGGAUGGGAUGGAUUGGAGUGGGGUUGUACUUGCUAGCAAGUGCUGCAGCUUUUUAUUACGUCUUUGAGAUCAAUGAGACCUACAACAAACUAGCAUUGGAGCACAUCCAGCAACACCCCAAGGAGCCACAGGAAGGAACCACAUGGACACACUCCUUAAAAGUACGACUGCUAUCAUUGCCUUUCUGGCUGUGGACUAUAAUAUUUUUAAUACCGUAUUUACAGAUGUUCUUGUUCCUCUAUUCCUGUACAAGAGCUGACCCCAAAACUGUUGGCUAUUGCAUCAUUCCUAUCUGCUUGGCUGUUAUUUGCAAUCGUCAUCAGACAUUUGUGAAGGCCUCUAAUCAGAUCAGUAGAUUGCAACUGAUUGACACUUGAUUCAAUUUCUAGUUUCCAUGGCUGUUUUGAAGCAAUGUGUAUGCCUGACCGAAUCACAAGACUGAAGUCCUGAAUGAACGCUGGAAAGAGCCUUUUCUUUCAAACAAUUAAGUAAUGAACAGACUGUUUUCUAUUAAAAAAAAAAAAAGGAAAUAAUUUAAAAGAUUUUUAAAGUAUGAGUCUAUCAAAAUGACCAGAAUGGGAGAGCGCUAUGUGACACAUGAUGGAAGCAUUCCUCAUUUUGCCUUAAUGAUGCAAAAUUGCUACACUCCAUCUGAAACGUCCUGUGGGGAAAUAAGUUUCUGGUCUAUGACCUUAUUCCUCUGUGCAAAAAAAAAAGACUUAUUAUGUUUUCUUUUGGAGUAAAAUCAGUGGAGAGACGCUUCUUUUGUCAUAAAUGUAAAAGAAAAAAAAUCAAAACAUGAUUAUAAAAGUUGCGCUUAAAACACUUCUUUGCUUUUUUUCUUUCUUUAGUACUUUGCAUUUACAUCAGUGCUGUUUUUUAAUGAUUUUUUUUCUUAAAAUUAAAUUUAAGAGAAAUACAGGGAGCAAAGAAUAAAGUACAUGUAAAACUUCGAAGAGAGAAAGCUACAGUUUUUUUUCGGAGGGAACAAGGCAGGGAAGGAGAAGUGGGUGCUUGAAAGCCGCCGACUCCUCCCCUACCCCGUGAUGCCCAAAGCUGUUUGGGCUGGCACUGACCCAUAGUUUGCACAACACUUCUGAGAAGUGCUUCCUUCUCCUACCUGUAGGCAUCUCCUGAUAUACAAAGUAAUUCGAAUUUAUUACCACUCUAACUUCCCUCCAGAAGUGGUGCAAAACUGUGUUCUGGGAGCACUGAUGUGUUUAUAAAGCCUAUAAUAUUAGGAAAAUUAACUGAUAGUAGGUUGGGAAGGUUGUGCAAGUAGUAAGACAGAUAAGAUUGUUCAAGGAAUUUGAGAUGAGGGGAAAAAAAAAUCUGCUCGCUUUCACAACUAAGUUUCUUACUGUUGUUUCAGACUGUUUGCUGUUGUUGACAUACCAUCUAAUCACUGGAUUAUCGUGCAAUCUAAAUAAUGUCAAAUCCCUUCUUUUUCGUUAGUGGUUUUUGUUUCUUAAAAACUGUUUUUGAGCCAUGAUGGAAAUAACCUUGCAAAUGUGAAGUGUGGAAAAACAGUGUGAAGUAUGGCCUUCCAAAGUAGCAGGCCACAAAUGAUUAUUAACUAAACUUUCUGAUUGCCAUUUCAAUUAUAUGUGAUUAUUCAGUACUUAAUCAUUGUAAAUGCUAAUCUACUUCUGACUACUCAAAGGGAAUCCAGGAGAUAAAUACCAGUUCCUUCCUGCCUUGGAAAGAGACCACUAUUUUCACUGUAGUUACAUUUAAGCGUGGUACUUAAAACAUCUUAAACUUUC